UGUUCGCCGGCUCAGUAUACCGCGACACACCGGACGCUGCGGACGUAUAGCGAGUGACGCGCCGCCGAGAACAUAACACGCUGAUAUCGAUCUGGGCUCGUGUGGUACAUAUUGCAACUUCCCUCUGUGUUUAUUACAGUGUUACAAACCACAAGUGAUACAAUACAAGAAAGUGAGACUGUGGCGGUUACAGAAUAUAUAAUUUUAACAACUAUAUAUUAUUUCGAAAGUGCAUCGUGAUACGCUGACCUCUCACAAAUCGAUCCAGCAUCCGAACGACAUUUAGAAGGCGGUGUGUACCAUGCAGCGGAGAUCGCCGUCAAUAGAUUUAAUAACGCUGUACACCUGAAUACAUGAUGAUGAGCUUGAAUGAAUCGUGAUCGGGACAGGAUCGGGUGAUCUUUGUAGUGUUGUGGUAUGUUCUGUUGAGCAAACGGCGGCCUGGCGGCUGCAAUGGGCGCGGCGCAACAUGCGCCUGCGCACGCGCCCUCUGCGGCUGCUGCUCGCCGCGCUGGCGCUGGCCUCGUGCGCCGCCGCCCCCGCCCCGGAGCCCCGGGCACAGCGCUCCGCCAACCUCAGCCACAUCACCGGCACCUCACGUACAAUACAGAUGUUCCUAAAGAAUCGCUAUCUCCAGCUGAUGCCGGAUGGCACCGUCAACGGCACCACAGAAGGCAACAGCGUUUACACGAUACUUCAACGUGCGACGUACAAAUACGGCCUCCUGACGAUCCAGGGGGUUUCCACGUGUCUAUAUCUGUGCAUGGAUGCCUGCGGGUUCCAUUACGCUAAUAAGGAUCUUUCGGACGACUGCGUGUUCGAGGAACACAUAGAAGAGAAUAACUACAACACUUAUUCGAGAGUUCGAGGCUUGAAGAAGACCUAUCUGGCGCUGGACAACAGGGGUCGAUCACGUCGUACUCAGAUCCCCUUGAGCAGGCCUCUGGGGAAUCUGUCCGGGUACGCGCUCACUAUGACCACUCAAUGGGAAGGCGCCAAACACAGCCAGUGCCCGCCGCGUCGGCAUCGCGGGAAACUGAAGCGACCGCCGCCCUUCCACAGGAACUGUCAGCGGCGCGUCCAGAAACAGAACCUCAGGAAGAGGAAACACAAGAAAGCGAACGAUCCGAAGAAGAAGCAGCGUCAUCCGAAGGCACGGAGAAAACAAGAGGGCACGACGAGCACCACGACCGAGGUCAGCUGGGACGAGUCCACGAUGUCGACCAUGUCCACUACCGAUGGGGAGUUUUUUCGUUCGGCGACCGCUCAGGAGGCGGUCGGCCGCUGAGCUGUUUGCUCGCGAUCGGGGCUGCCGUGGCGCUCGCACACUAGCACCGUUCCACUCUUACACACAAGAAUCUCUAGCAUUCCCAUUCAACGCCAUUCCACGGGAAUGGCCCUUGAACUAGUCGCUCUCCCCGACGACACGCGACGGUGAACCGCCGGUGACUCGCUUUCUUCACGUACUCGUAAUACUCACUGGGCAACUCUCAGACGAGCUAGCACUCGCGCCCGUUCCAGCGCCCGUCGCUGCACCGCUCCUCAAACGAUUCGACGUGUGACGAAUGAUAUUAUUCUACCAAAGUUGAAAGUAUCUAUAUCAACCUUUAUUCCUAGUUCGCUUUAACACGUAGUUUUAUCGGCAAUACUCCAAUUGUCUUAGUUAUCAUGAAAUUAUUAACCUAGAUGUUACUGAUAACUUAAUGAUUAAUUAAAAUGAAUGAAUUCGCUUUAACGAGUUGAGAUUAUCGUUCGGUAAGGUGGAACUGUGUUAGAGGGUUGUCGAUGCUCGCGUCGGAGCGCUCGUUCCUGCGCGCGAUCUAUUCCUAUCCCGGUACAGCCGCCGCUUGUUGGUGUAUCAACCGAAUCCGUGCCCCGGCCGAUCUUUAAAUUUCAUAUAAUUAAGCCUAAGUGAUCCGUUAAUGGACGCGAUACGGCCGCGUCGAAUACCGUUACGAGAUGAUAGACAUUUAUCGAAAACCAAAAUCUCAAACGGUCGUAAUUUUUCCACGUUCGGACGCUACCGGCCCAUUCGGAUACGAAUUGAUAAAUUACACGGACGUUUAGUGUAUUUAAAAUUCUAAUGUUUUAAUGGUAUUAAACGAACAUCGGAUACGAGUCGCUCCGACGCGAGCAGGAGUCGGAAGCUGAUGUACUUAGAUGGAUGUGGUGUGGUGUAAUUUCAUAAGAAAUUGACUGAAAAAUAUGACUGAGUAAUGUAGGUACUGAGGGUUUCGGAAUAGGCUAUGAUAGAGUAAAGUGCGGCGGACGGCAUGCUUCUUUGUAUUUAGUUUUGAGUUCCCGAACGAAGCGUUGACGUCACAACGAACUGUCAAAGCUGUCACAUUGACAUCUAACGAAGAUGACGUUUGCGUACCGCCGUGACGAGCAGCGCUUGGUGAAGGAAAACAUCGAAAUGAAAUUAGUGAUAAUGUUUUUAACGUCGUUGAAGUGACUAUUAGUUGGUAGUUUUAAAACGUGUAUCUAAUUUGUAAAUUAUUUAUUUUAUUUUCCAUAGAGAAUGUCGUAUUUUGUUAACGUUUUAGUUGAUUUUUUUUUAAUCUCUCGACCCUUUAGUUCCAGCCGACAUCUAGACGUGUAGAAUGUAAUACGCUUGUAUUUUUAGUGAGCCAACUUAUGUGUAUUAUAUUUAUGUGACCGUUCUAUGACAAUAUGUGUCUUGUAAACAGAUAUUGCUUGAAUGGAUUUGUACGCAAUAACAUUUUUUUAGUGAUCUUCCUCGCAUAUUUUUGUCGUGUAUGUAUCGUAUCAGCGAACUUAUUUAGAAUGACCGAACAAACAGACUGUUUACACAAUAUUAUUAAAUGAAAGGUCAAUUAAAUUUUUUAUUUACUAUAUAUUAUACAUAUAGCAAGUGGUUGUUUAAGUCGAUGUUCCGAAAGCAACCAUUUUCUAUAUAAUUUUUAUUAUGAAUUUAAAUCAUUUUUUAACACGCUUUUUACGACGCCGCUGUCCGUUUACAGCGUCACCUACACAUUAUAUACAAAAUUUUGUAAAAUUUUUAUUCGGUGACAUUAUCAAGUGGUUCGCUGUUUACAAUAAGUCAUUUAAUGCAAUGUGAAUCUAGCUUUAUGGUUGUACGAGUGUGAGUGAAUGACGGUUUAAUAAUAAUUUAUGACGUAUUUAAAUGUUUACUGUCAAGAUGGCGACGAUUUUUUUUUUAUAUAAAAAAAAGCAUUUAAUGAAAUAAACAAAUUGAAAACGUAGAUCGUCCUCAAACUUUAUUUGGAUUGUUCAUGUGUUUGUACGGUAGGCAACUUGCGGCGAGCGAUCUUUAGCAGUAGAAACAGUAUUUCGGUAUGAAUCGUCUUUGUUACAGUAACUAGUUUUAUAGUUUUAUAUUGUAUAGAGUUUUUAAGUAAAUUUUUGUAAUUUCUACCCAUCUGUAACGUGGUUACUUUAACUAUAAUCGUUUUACAGAAUAUAAAUAAGCGCACGUCUCACGAUUCCAUACAGUCGAGAGACGUGUCAUUUGAUUGGUACCUACUUAUUGUAAAAUAUUGAAUACUUUUUAUGUUAUUUUGUACGCAUGUGCCAUAAAUACUUAUUGUAAUUACCAAACAGUGGUAAAGUUAUUCGUUUUUUGUUCCGCACAAUGUUAUAUUUAAUAUUCGAACAAACGGCGUAAGGGAUGGGAAACACAGGAGUCAUUUAAAAUUAUAAGAAAAUAUAAUACUCGUUCAUUAGAUAUAUUAUAUUAAAUAAAUCGGAUCGAAUAGACGAAUGUUACGACGUUUAAGACAUAUGUCACCUCCUUGGCACGCGUUUGACAGCUCGAGUAUGACAGCUCGACUACAAUGGAAGCCAUUACUAACCCUGCAGUCACAGUUGAGCUAGCAGUCGUCAUGAACGAAAUCGAAAUAUUAUGUUAUUAAUUUCUUAUAGCAGAAAUGAAUUAAAUCAACAUUGAAAAUGUUCCCACCAAGAUAUGGCUCCUAUCGCCCCUGAUCCCUGUGUAGGAUGGGAACAUCGUGGGGUCACGUAAACAGUAUUACUUAAUUAAUUUCGAUACCUACCUAUACAACUUUACAAAUAAUAUGUCCGCAUCCGAUGACGAUGUCUGUACAAAAAACUGCCAUUGAAUAAAUAAAACGUCUGGCUUAGAACGUUCGGACUAAUACAUAACAUAGACUAAACUUAAACAAGAUUGAUUGGAACUAGACAAUAAACAUUUACAGCCUCUUAUACCGAAAAAUGAAUAAAAUAAUUAAAAUAA